GGAAAGAAAAGCAUCAGAAGACACGGCUAAGGUGAUAAAGGUGGACAGCCUCUGAAUUGUUUUGUUGGACUAUAUUUUGGGACGCAAACACGAAAACAACUCUACCUGAAGAUUUACGUAUUGACGUCACUGGUUUAGUUUUGAAUCUCCGUAAAGCUAUCGCUGCUUUUAUAUCAAGACUUUACUUUUAAUUUUGUAACUGUAACGCUACCUAGAAGGACAACCAUGCUCAACCUCUGCCUCGUGUUGAUUCUGUCUGCCUCCGUUUUCUCAGAGUCGCAGGUCAGGGAGACGGAGACAUGGAUGCCCAUGAAAACCACACAGAUGGUUGCCAUGUCAUCGCACCGGGACGACAUGGAGUCGUCGGGAGACUCUACGAACGGCUCUGACUUCGGCUUCACAGACGAUGACGAAGACGACGAUUACUACGAGUACGAUGACGAGGAGUUGUCUGGGUCUGGAGAUGGAGCAACAACUGAGUUGCCUGAGACAGAGUUCGAGACAUCAGUUAAGCCCGACGUCAGCGACAACAAGAUCCCAGAGGUGGAGCUGCCGGUGCGACCGACCGUCGACGAGGAGGGCAUCGUACGCGAGAGUAACGAAAUCCCCCGGCUGGGCAACGAGGCGGACCCCAACGAGGAAUACCCAUCCAACGUCCUCAUGUCCCACGCCAGUGAGGACAGCAUCUUGAACAAGACGGAGGUCCUCGCAGCUCUGAUCGCGGGCGGCGCCGUCUGCCUGAUGUUCGCCGUCCUCCUCAUCCUCCUCCUCAUCUACCGCAUGAAGAAGAAGGACGAGGGCAGCUACGACUUGGGGAAGAAGCCCAUCUACAAGAAGGCCCCCACCACAGAGAUCUAUGCAUAGACCCCGACCUCUGCUAAACCCCUCCCCCCGCCGCCCCGCCCCGCCCCGACCUCACACACACACACAAACACACACCUCACUUCCUGUUAAAACCUCUUAAAAACCCAAUCAGGGCCAGCUCCUGGCCUCACAGUGCCUCAUCAUCAUCAUCACAUCAUCAUAAUACCUCCUCCUCCUCCUCCUCCUCCUCCUCUCACUUUUCCUCUGACCGAGUGACGCUCGAUAACGAAUCAGGAGAGAAGCCCCGACAACACAAUCGAUUGACUGACUCCUCCUCCCUGAUGUAUGCUAAUUUUUAUUGGUGCUCUCUUAACCAAUCAGAGGCUUCGUUGGUCACUCUUGUCCCUCUCUUUUGGUUUUGUCAAACAAGGAAAAAGGAGCAACAGGAGUGGGACUGUUUCCGCUGCGGUGCACUGUUUUGUGUUUUUAUUAUUUGUUCCCACGUCGAAAGGAAAGAAAAAACAAAAACAAAAAAAAAAAAACACGACUUUAGAAACUGAGGACUCGGAGAAUUCAAACUCCUCUUUCUCCUUUUCCUCUCCGUUCUUCUUCUUUGUCUUUCUCCACCUUCCAGUUUAAAAACACUAACACUGUGCAAUGAUGUUUGUCUCUGUAUGGUACACAUUAACAGUCCAGUUAUUUAUUUCCCCUCCUCUUCCUCCUCCUCCUCCUCCUCCUCCUCUUCCUCUCCACCUGUUUCUUGGACUGAAGCUUCUCACAUGACUGAAGCAAAUGAUUUUUAAGUGAACAUUUAUAUUUGAUUUUUUUUUUUAAUUUUUUAAACAAACUCCUUGUAAUGCAGAGAGAUUUAAGACAUUUCAUUUUUUUUCAAUUAAAGAAAGAAAAGAGUUUUUCAGAACGCUGGUUUUAUGCUGUCAUCCAUUAGAACUGACUUUAUUUUUCUUCAUUUUUAUCCUUAAAUUACACAGAGAUAAGAGAGAGGGCCAAACAAGGGCCAACAAGUACUUGCAAAUGGUUGAUUCUGCCUUUUUAAAAAAAGAAGAAGGAAAAAAAAUCUGCACAACUGGCUGAGUGAGCACUGAGAGACGGUUCAGCUCACGUCCUGUACACUUCAUUAAAAAAACAACAAAAAAAAGACGUUUCCUUUAAACUUUCUGGCAUGUUUUCUAUCUCCGCGAGGAGGGAAAGUCCCAUCCGUCUGGCACGUAGCACCAGAUAAGUAAGCUAAACUAAUCCGGGGAAAAUUGGCAAAUACUGUAUGACCCAGGUCACAGAGUCGAACACAGCGUUGCCAGUUUGGAAGAGGACUUCAAAAAGAAAAAAGGAAGAUGUUUUACCACUAUAAUAAUUACCGCCUUGCCUCCGGGGUUUGUUUUCUGUUAUUAUGGUGAAGGCGAAUCAGCAAGCUCCUACAGGGUGACACACCUACAUUCCACACACACACACACACACACACACACACACACACACACACACACACUUUUUUGCUGAGUUAGAUGUUCAGAUUGAAGCUACAGUUAGCGGCUGGUUAGCUUAGCUUAGCACAAAGACUGGAAAUGGGUGGAAACGGCUAGCGCGGCUCUGUACAAAGGGAACAAGCACCUGCACCUCCUGAUGGUGCGUCUGCGUGUUAAUGACAGUUAAAGACGGUUAAAAUACUGCACGUUACAUUACAGUGAAAUGACAAUACCUCAGUACAACAUAAAUGCAGCUUUUAACAACACACUGGAUUUAAUUUUAGGUGUUACAAAAACUUUAUUUUGCAGUUUUACAGUGGCUUCCAA